AUUUACGAUAUAUUUGACAGCGCGUCAAAUUCAAAAUGACAGCUAAUUGACAUUUUAAAAUUAAAUUCAAACAAAUUUUCAACAGAAUAUGGAUACCUUACACACAUUUGAAGAAGUUAGUGCGUUAAAAAAAUUACGCGAAGAAUACGAACGACAGCUGAAAAUGUUCGGCGUGGAAUUGUGCGAUUUACCAGACGAUUGCAUGACCAAACUAAACGAAUGCAUACAACUCAAAAUGGCAACAAAACUACACGAUCUUAGCAUUAAUUAUUUAAAAGAAUUCUAUUACACAAGGAAAAAAGAACAAAUUGAUCAACGUCUUGCCAUAACAAAAAUCCAGACAGAUAUAAAUGAUCUGGAAAAACAAAUUGAAGCAGAAACUCUGGAAUUGGAUCAAUUGCAAAUGUUUACAACAUUAGUCAAUAAACGUUUAAUGUCAGAAGCUGAAAUGGAAAAUAAUAAAGUUUCAAUUGAUAAAAAGAUGCAAGAUAUGAUUGCGAGACAGAAGUCCUUUAUGAUACCUGAAGAUAUAAACAUUGAUGAAUUAAUCAGGAAAAUUGAAUUGCUUGAGAGUCGAAAAAAGAAUACAAAAAAUACAUGAAUCCCAGAUUAAUCUACAAAGAAGAUAUACCUAUUUUAUAGUGAAUUAAGUUAUUUAGUUGAAACAUUAUUUACUUACAAGACUGUUUAUUUUAACUAUGCAACAAAGCAAAUAAAAAUUUUUAUUAUUUCA